GUUGACUUUCACUGAAUCCUGCUACUUGGCAGAGUAUGAAUAGAAGAGUACUCUCUUGUCCAGAUCCACGGGAGGUGGCAUUUUCACUCCUCUGCUCCUUUUCCAACCGAGGUAUGAAGAGAAGCAUCCGAUCCGCGCGCCUUUUCUAACCGAGGUUUGUGGCAUAUAUAGUAAAUUUGGUUGACAAUGGCGAGCUUGUUACAACUGUUUAAUGAUUGGGAGAUCCAACUGCUUGUCCUUCUCAGCUUCGUGCUACAGAUAUUCCUCUUCUUUACUGGCAGCCUUCGGCAACGUGGCGCCAAGUUUCUUAGUGGCAUUAUUUGGAUAGCUUAUUUGGUGGCAGACUUGGUAGCAGUUUAUGCCCUUGGUUUGCUAUCAAAACAAGACGACAACGCCAUAGCGCUGACAAAAAACCACCCAUUAGCUUUCUUUUGGCCGCCCUUCCUACUCAUUCAUCUUGGUGGACAGGACACCAUCACAGCUUUUUCCUUGGAGGACAACCGCUUGUGGUUGAGGCAUUUGUUGAAUUUGAUAGUUCAAGUGGUCCUAGCAUUGUAUGUCUUCUCAAAGUACAUUGCUGGGCGCAAUGCGCAGCUUCUUGUUCCGGGCAUCUUUAUGUUUGUUGCUGGAAUCAUCAAGUAUGGGGAGAGGACGAUGGCUCUCAUGUACGGGAACCUACAAAACAUAAGUGGCUACAACAAUAGUGAAGAAAGUAAGCUGAACCAGCAUCAAGAACUAGAUCAAGAUGCUAGCUUCUCUAGCAUUGUUUGCUUUUCCUUGGAUUCAGCGCCAAUCAUUCGGCAUUUAUUUGCUGGAUUUACGCUCUUCCAGAUACCACAAGGCUUCUGUGCAGCAACUUGGACGAGUUAUGCCCGGUCAGGUGAAGUUCAAUUGUCCAAGCUGGUCAAGUUGGUUGACGUCGAACUUGGUAUCAUGUAUUGUGAUGUCUAUACCAAGGCGGCAAUGCUUCGGACAAGAAGCGGGAUUAUACUUCGAUGCACAUCUCAAGUGUCGGCUUUGGUUGCCCUUGUGCUCUUCAUAGUUGGUGACAAAGAGAGAUACAACAGGGCCGACGUUGCAAUCACCUACAUGUUAUUCAUGGGGAGCUUUUUACUGGAAGUUCUUGCAAUGUUUAUGAUGGUCAUGGUGUCACCUUGGACAUGGGCAUGGCUGAAGGCCAGGAAGUGUGUUUGGCUCACUCGCGUGUCCUGGACGCUUGUCUCCAAUAAUAUUGUUGGAUGGCCGGAGGAGAAGCCGCUGUGGUCAAACCGCAUAGGGCAGUACAACUUUCUGAGCUAUGUGGGCUGCGAGGAAAACCCAAGGAGCCCGUCCAUGUCGGAACGAGUGAUGGGCAUGAGUAGGAAGAUGGCAAAAGCAGUUGGCGCUGGAGAGGACAGGUUGUUUUGGUUGAGCAAGGUAUUAGACGCCAAGUACGAGGAGGUGGAUAAGGAUAUCACAGAGAGCUUUGUGAAAGAGAUUAGAGUCAUUCUCCAGUCCCCUUUUGGAGGCCAAAAACGACAGUGGCAACAUCUCAGUCGGUUCCUGCGUAGUAUGGCAAGAGAAUUGUCUGACAAUUUUAGUGCUGUCAUAAUCCGUUUGAAUAUAUCAACAAUAAUACACCUGAGUGAGGUUUCAAGCGUGGACGCGGAGAUAGCUGCCUUGGUUGGUGUCUGCCGGAAACUAUCCAAUUAUAUGAUGUACCUUCUUGUUACACACCCAGUUAUGCUGCAGGUCACUGCUAGCAGUGCCAAAUCAGUGCUACAAGGCUUCCGUAAGAAGUUUAUGAUGAUGGCAGGCAGCAUCAGCAUCAGCAACAGCAAGCAUGGUGUUGUUCUGCAAAAUCUGAAAGAGUUCUUAUCCAAGGAGGAUUCUGCCUUGUCUUUACCAGAACCAUGCAAAGAAACACUGGAGGAGAUGAGAGACAUGUGGGUGAGGAUCAUCAUGUACGCUGCAAGCAGGUCGCGGCCCGAGACGCACGCGACCCAGCUGGCCAGAGGAGGGGAGUUCCUUACCUUCAUCUGGCUGCUCAUGGCACACAAGAAUCUUGGGGCUUCCGCGGCCUUUCCCAUCGACCUUAUUAGUCCACCUACUACUUUUGGACCUCACAUUGAUGUGCGAUUUUACGCCUUUGAUUUUCGCUGAUAAAUGCACAGCGAAUGUCCAAGAUCAGUUGCACACGGCACACAGAGAGAGACAGACCUCGGGGGCACCAUUGGUCGGUUUCCUCCAGUUGCUUCUUCAUUUAAGAACAGAGUAGGAGCUGUCAGUCAUCCAAAAUGUACACUUGUAGGAGCUACUCCCUCCGUUCCGAAUUACUUGUCUCCAAAAUGGAUGUAUCUAGCUCAGUGCAUUCACUACCAGAAACUGAAAUUUUCUGGUUAAACUGUGUGUUAUGUAUCAGCUAGUUGGUCAGUGCAUGUUAUCUAUCUAUCGACAUC